UGGAGGUGGAACCUUCUCCCUUUGAUCCUCGACCUGUUUCCUCCAUUUAAAAACUCCUCGGACCCGUCGCUGCUCCUCUGCUCCUCCGGCAGCACCUCCUCACAGACCCGGACCCGCCACCUCCUCCUCGGACCCGGGUUUGGUGGUUCUAUUCCCCCCCCCCACCCUGGACGUCGGGUGCAGCCGGACUGGAGCAACUUUUUACCCCCCUCCCCACCUCCCAUACAUCCAGCCCGGGGAAUGAGAGGAAGCCCAGCACCGAGCCGCAUGUUGGAAUGAACAAAAGAGAGGAAACCAUGGAGGGAGCAGCGCUGCCAGGAGCCACAUCUCCCUACUCCGAUCUGGACACAAACCCCACAAGGCCUGACCCAGAGGGGGAGAGCAGCCCCCCGACCUCAGACAACACCAAGAGGAUGGAGUCUCCAGCUAAGAAGGAUGUUGACCGAAGGCUGAGUACCCCCAGAAAAUCUGACAUCAUGCCCAGAUCACCUGCAUCACCUGCACCCAGGUCGAAACAAGACGUCAUAAAGGCAGACGAGAGACAGAAGCUCGCCAAGGAGCGGAGAGAGGAAAAGGCCAAAUAUCUGGAAGAGCUCAGCAAGUUACAAGCUGCCAAAAAGUCCCAGUGGCUGGAGAAAGAGGAGAAGGCCCGGCAGCUGAGGGAGCAGCAGCUGGAGGAGCGCCGCAGGAAGCUGGAGGAGCAGCGGAUCAAGACGGAAAGACGGCGAUCUGCCCUGGAGGAGAGACAAAAGCAGAAACAGGAGAAGAACAAAGAACGCUACGAGGCAGCCAUCCACAGGUCGACCAAGAAGACGUGGGCAGAAAUCCGCCAGCAGAGAUGGUCAUGGGCCGGUGCGCUCAGCCAGAACUCCAGCCAGAAAGAAGGCAGAUGCUCUGUGUCAACGGUCAACCUCCCCAAACACGUGGACUCUGUUAUAAACAAGCGACUGUCCAAGUCCUCCGCCACGCUCUGGAUCUCCCCCGGCAGAACCCGCAGCCUGGCUCUGAGUCCAUGGGAGAGCAGUAUAGUCGACCGGCUGAUGACACCGACGCUGUCUUUCAUCGCCAGAAGCCGCAGCGCCGCCAGUGUCCUCAGCAAUGGCAAAGAUGGUCAAUCUCCUCUCUGCCCCCGUUCGUACUCAGCCAGCCCCCUCACCAUGUGCGCCCACCAGCCCCACCAUCGCUGCUCCGAGCGCUGGAGGGUCACGUCCAGCACACCGGACAUCACCCAGCGCCAGCCCAGACGGAGCUCCACACCGAUGGAUAAAAACAAGAAAGAAAAGAGAGACAAAGAACGAGAGAACGAGAAGGAGAAAAAUAUGCUGACUAAGGAGAAGGUGCUGAAGAAGAGACAGUCUCUACCGAGCAUGAGACACAGACCUGAUCCAAGUCCAAGUCCUUUAUCAAGACAGCGGCCGUCAUCCCCAGCCACGCCCAAGGGCAGAACGGCCUCCCCCAGCCCGGCUGCCUCCCCCAAGCCUCCAUCAACCCGGGGAAGCCCGUCGACUCCCAAGGCCCGGCCCAAAAGAGCCAGGACCCCUGCCAGGGUAGACCACCGGACCUCCUCCCCUGUCCCGCUUGAGAGAGUGAGGGAGCCUCGCAGGCCCGCCACCCCCGAGCAGAGAAAGGGUUCCCCUGUGGUUCCUGCCAUCGUAGUAUCCUCAGCUGCUCCCUCAACUCACGCAUCGAGCACGCCAGUCCCAGCCAGAGCCUCACCUGAGCCGAGCCACUCGGCUUCCUCUGCCUCCGCAGCGUCGCCAACGCCCUCUCCUUCAGGCAAGCCCAUGGCGGGCACCAACGACCCUGAGGAGGCGGGACGCAUCCUGGCGGAGAGACGCCGGCAGGCCCGAGACCAGAGGGACAGGGAUGAGAUAGAGCGGCGCGAACAGGAGGAGAAGGAGAGGGUCCUGAGAGACGAGCGAAUAGCCAGGGAGGCAGAGGAGAGCCAACUCCGGGAGGAGGAGGCCCGCGUCAUGGCGGAGGAGCAGCGGAAGAGAGACGAGGUCCAGCGGCUGCAGGAUGAGAAGGAGGAAGAGGAGAGAGCCCAGGCCGAGCAGGAGGAGAACCUGCGCCUGCAGAAACAGAAAGAGGAGGCUGAGGCUAAAGCCCGGGAGGAGGCGGAGAAGCAGCGUCUGGAGAGGGAGAAACACUUCCAGAAGGAGGAGCAGGAGAGGCUGGAGAGGAAAAAGCGUCUGGAUGAGAUCAUGAAGAGGACCCGCAAGACGGAUGCAGGCGAGAAGAAAGAAACAAAGUCCUCGCCACUUGCACAUGUCAACGACAAAGAAGCAGAGAGCAGCAAAGUUGCUGACUACCAGCCAAAGCCAGAGGUCACUGUCCCCAAUAACAAAACAGAAAAUGGACAAACUCAUGUCAACGAAAGCAGCCCUUCAGUCCAAGUGGUCAACGGGCUCCAGUCCAUGAGACAUGAGAACGGCCUCUCCACUAAAGGAGACCCCUCCCACUUUGAGGAUAUCCUCCACCUCGCCAACCACGGAAACACCACUAACGGAGCGCGGGUCAGUUCCCAGACCAGCAUGGCCACUGAGCCGAUCCUCACGUUUGAAAAUGAGGAGUCGUUCAUGAAGAAGGCCGGCCCCAUGAAGCCGCAGCAUGUUGCAGAGGUCCUGUGACAUGUUCCAGUGUUGAAGCGCUCGUCACCCAAGGCCACUGACCUUUCGUAGCCCUGCCAUUGCUGGCGUGGGCGGCGGGAGCCCCCCCGUGACCUGUGCCAAUCAACAACCUUCUUCUCAGCUCGGGAGAGCGAACACGUCUCUGAAGAUAAAGUGGCCACAGAAGAUGAUGACCAAGCAUCAGAGGACGGAGGAGACAAGGAAAGGAGAGGCUGCAGGUUGCAACACGGGUGCAUCAGUGUUCACAUUUGUAAAGAUCCCUGUGGCACCGACUCCAGGCACCUUAUUACUCCACAGUGUCAUCUUCUGUACAUUACAGUGCAGCUGAGUAAUUAUUAUGAUAAGCUGAAAAAAAAAGAAGCAUUUGAUUUCUUUGGUCUUUAGCUAUUUAACUGAGAGAGGAAUAUGAAAAGAGUGGGUACAUUUUUGUGAAUAAUGUAAAUUAACUUUUGUGUUGUCGGACAAAGGAGGAAAGAGUUUGUGGAUUUCAGAAUGAAAGGGAGUCAGGCUUCAGUAAAAAACCCAGGUAUUCCACAUCCUGGUCUGUAAAAAGCUUCAUGCAUCAGAUUUUUGUAAAGUUAAACUGAGAAAUCUGGAGAGAUUUGAAAUGUUAGCUCACAUGCAACGGCUUCUUACUGCGUGUAAACAUACACAUUUAUGUUCAGAUUGAUUGUAUGCAGAUUGGAUGUAAUGAUUGUGCAACAUUUACAAUUAAGAAAUCACAAGUGAUCCGAGGUGAGAUCCCUGAAAACAGGGAUUUACUGCAUUAUUUAACAGUAUUUCACAUGUGCAAGCAUGACUCAUUUCUCUCGUUUGCAUUGAGAUGUCGUGGACUCGUGUGUAUUUGAAAUGCUGGCGCGUGUAAAUGCUACAAAUAUAUUUUGAUGUGUGUUACAAGGUCAGUGGGAGUAUCUUAAGUCUUAUUAAAGACAAGCUGUCCAGUC